GCCGCAGUGACGUCACGCCGUUCCCAGGUCGGCUCUCCGGGAUCGCGAGCUGGAGGGAGGGCGCGCGCGCGCAGACUGGUCGGACCGGCCCGGGAGCGGCGGCACUCGCACCGUGCACGGGAAUCGUGGGUAGUUUCCAAAAGACAGCAUGGAGGAUGGGAAGGCUGUGUGGGCUCCACACCCCCUAGAUGGGUUCCAGUUGGGUUUGAUCAUUGACAUCGGUGUUGACUCAUUAACCAUUGAACCUUUGAAUCAGAAGAACAAGACUUUUUUAGCUCCCGUCAAUCAAGUUUUUCCUGCAGAAGAAGACAAUAAAAAGGAUGUGGAAGAUAACUGUGGCCUCAUGUACUUAAAUGAAGCUACGCUCCUGAACAAUGUUCGAGUGCGCUAUAGCAAAGAUAAAAUCUAUACUUAUGUAGCCAACAUACUGAUAGCAGUGAACCCAUACUAUGACGUACCUAAACUGUACUCAUCAGAUUCCAUUCAGAAGUACAAGGGGAAAUCCUUGGGCACUCUACCACCACAUGUCUACGCUAUCGCUGAUAAAGCUUACCGUGAUAUGAAGGUACAUAAAUUAAGCCAGUCCAUCAUUGUAUCGGGAGAAUCAGGUGCUGGGAAAACAGAAAACACAAAGUUUGUUCUUCGGUACUUGACUGAAUCGUAUGGUACAGGUCAAGACAUUGACGAAAGGAUUGUGGAAGCCAAUCCCUUACUGGAGGCUUUCGGGAAUGCCAAAACUGUACGUAAUAAUAAUAGUAGUCGAUUUGGAAAAUUUGUCGAGAUACAUUUCAACGAGAAGAAUGCUGUUGUUGGAGGAUUUGUAUCUCAUUACCUGCUGGAAAAAUCCCGAAUCUGUAUGCAGAGCACGGAAGAAAGAAAUUACCACAUCUUUUAUAGGCUGUGUGCAGGUGCUCCUGAAGACAUUAGGCAAAAGUUUCACUUGACCUCCCCUGAUAAUUUCCGGUACCUAAAUCGAGGCUGCACCAGGUACUUUGCCAACAAGGAAUCGGACAAACGGAUCCUGCAGAAUCGCAAGAGCCCAGAGUGCCUUAAAGAAGGCUCCAUGAAGGACCCGUUACUGGACGACCACGGCGACUUUAACCGCAUGUGUGUAGCUAUGAAGAAAAUAGGUCUGGGGGAUGCUGAGAAGCUUGACCUGUUCCGUGUGGUUGCAGGUGUUCUACACCUUGGAAAUGUUGACUUUGAAGAAGCUGGAAGCACUUCAGGUGGGUGUGUCCUGAAGAACAAAUCGCGUCAGUCACUGGACUGUUGUGCUGAACUUCUGGGACUGGAUGGCGAUGAUUUGCGUGUUAGCUUGACCACUCGAGUAAUGCUGACCACAGCUGGAGGUGCCAAAGGCACGGUUAUUAAGGUACCUUUAAAGGUGGAGCAGGCAAAUAAUGCUCGAGAUGCUUUGGCCAAGGCUGUUUACAGCCACCUAUUUGACCACGUUGUGAAACGGGUCAAUCAGUGCUUUCCAUUUGAGACCUCCAGCUUCUUCAUAGGAGUUCUGGACAUUGCUGGGUUUGAAUACUUUGAGCACAAUAGCUUUGAACAGUUCUGCAUUAACUAUUGCAAUGAGAAGCUUCAGCAGUUCUUCAAUGAAAGGAUCCUCAAAGAGGAACAAGAGCUGUAUCAGAAAGAAGGGCUUGGUGUGAAUGAAGUGCACUAUGUUGACAAUCAAGACUGCAUUGAUUUGAUUGAAGCUAAAUUAGUGGGGAUUCUGGAUAUUCUGGAUGAAGAAAACCGCCUACCUCAAACCAGUGACCAACAUUUUACUUCGGCAGUUCACCAGAAGCACAAGGAUCACUUCCGACUCACAAUUCCUAGAAAGUCCAAACUGACGGUUCAUAGGAACAUCCGUGAUGACGAAGGGUUUAUCAUCAGGCACUUCGCUGGAGCAGUCUGCUAUGAAACGACCAAGUUUGUGGAAAAGAAUAAUGAUGCCUUGCACAUGUCCUUGGAAUCCCUGGUGUCAGAAUCAAAGGACCCUUUUGUCCGGAAACUCUUUGAAGGAACCAACAACACUAAGGACACAAAGCAGAAAGCAGGAAAACUGAGCUUCAUUAGCGUUGGGAAUAAGUUCAAGACUCAGUUGAAUCUGCUGCUCGCAAAGUUACGCAGACACAGUGAGUACUCAUUGGGCUCCAGCUUCAUUCGAUGCAUAAAGCCCAACCUCAAGAUGACAACUCAGUUUGAAGGGGCACAGAUUCUCUCGCAGCUGCAGUGUUCAGGUAUGGUGUCUGUACUGGACCUGAUGCAAGGAGGAUUCCCAUCACGUGCUCCGUUCCAUGAACUUUACAACAUGUACAAGAAGUUCAUGCCUGCAAAGCUCUCCAGGUUGGACCCCAGGCUCUUUUGCAAGGCACUGUUCAAAGCCUUGGGUCUCAAUGAAAAUGAUUACAAGUUUGGUCUUACCAAAGUCUUUUUCCGACCUGGCAAGUUUGCAGAGUUCGAUCAGAUCAUGAAAUCCGAUCCGGAGCAUCUGGCGGUGUUGGUGAAACGUGUGAAUCACUGGCUUAUCUGCAGCCGGUGGAAGAAGGUUCAGUGGUGUGCACUGUCUGUCAUCAAAUUGAAGAACAAGAUGAAGUACCGAGCGCUUGCUUGCAUUAAGAUGCAGAAGACUGUCCGCAUGUGGUUAUGCAAGAGAAAGCAUAAGCCACGCAUUGACGGUGUGGUGAAGGGGAAAUCAUUGAAACAGCGCGUCAAUAGGAUGACCGAGGUAGUGAAGGCCCUGAAGGAGGGCAAGGCUGAGAUGAGCAAACAAGUCCAGGAUUUGGAUUCAUCGAUAGAUGCAUUUGUGAGCAAACUCAAGCGCACAGUCAUGACCCGAGAUGAGAUUGAAAAGGAGUACGCAGGGCUGGUGAAACGUUCCGAGCAGCUUCUGGGCGCGCUGCAGAAGAAGAAACAGGAGGAAGAGGAAGCCGAGCGACUGCGGAUCAUCCAACAGGAAAUGGAGCGAGAGCAGAAGAGGCGUGCGGACGAGGAGCGACGUCGCAAGCAAGAGGAGGAAGACCGGCGGUUGAAAGCAGAGAUGGAGAUGAAGCGGAAACAGGAGGAGGAGGAGAGGAAGAAACGAGAGGAAGAGGAACGCCGUCUGCAGGCUGAAAUGGAGGCACAGAUCACCGCUGAGCGUGAGGAGGAAGCCCGUAAACAGGCACUGCUCGAACAAGAGCGGCGUGAUCGGGAGCUCGCCAUGAGAAUCGCACGCAGUGAGUCUGAGCUUAUCACUGAUGAGUCUCCGAUGGACACUGGAAUUAAGAGUGUUGAAGUUAAAAGCAUCCAACCUGUUGCAGCUGCUGCUAAAUCUGCUCGGCCAGCAUCCAAAAUGACAAUGGAUGAAAUGGCCAAAGAAAUGUCAGAUUAUCUGGCUAGAAGUCCACAAGUCCAGGCCACCAAGGCUGCUGCUGGUACAAAGAAACACGAUCUCAGCAAGUGGAAAUACGCUGAGCUACGUGAUGCCAUCAACACCUCCUGUGAUAUUGAACUCUUGGAAGCCUGCAGGGAGGAGUUCCAUCGGCGACUGAAGGUUUACCAUGCUUGGAAGUCCAAGAACAAAAAACGCAACUCUGAGGCAGAGCAACGGGCUCCAAAAUCCGUCACGGACUAUGCUCAGCAGAAUCCUCCCCAGUUGCACACUCGGCAGCAGGAGAUAGCUCAGAAUCGGACACAACGCUAUUUCCGCAUCCCUUUCAUCCGGCCAGCUGACCAGUACAAGGAGCCGCAGAACAAGAAGAAAGGCUGGUGGUAUGCGCACUUUGAUGGGCCCUGGAUCGCGCGCCAGAUGGAACUCCAUCCAGACAAACCUCCCAUACUAUUGGUAGCUGGCAAGGAUGACAUGGAGAUGUGUGAAUUGAGCCUGGACGAGACAGGUCUCACCCGGAAACGCGGGGCUGAGAUCCUACCGCGGCAGUUCGAAGAGAUGUGGGAGCACUGCGGUGGAGUCACCUAUCUGCGCAAUGCAAUUGAGAGCAAGCAAGCUAGGCCCACCUAUGCCACAGCGAUGCUUCAGAACCUUCUACAGUAGAAUGUAAUGGUCUUUUUCCUUAAUAGAGAGAGCGUGGUGUAGACAAGAAAGACUUGUAAAUGGAGCACAUGGAAGAAUACCACUCUUCCAAUGGAAAUAAGUCUCAGAGCUUGAAAUAAAUGUUUUUUUAACUUUAGACCGCUAUGUUAUGCAAGAUUUAAUGAACAAAAAAACCAGUUGAGCAAAAUUAGGAAUAACAUUUAGUAACAGUAAUCCUAUUCCCUUAGAACAUUGUGGCAAUCAAUCAAUGAUAAAGGAAGCCCAGAGCUGGUCACAGUUUAGUCCGAGGUGCCACAAUGACGUUUGCAAGACUUGGCAAAGAAUGACGGUGGCUGAUUAAUGUGAUGUUAGUUCUUUUAAAGUAAUACAUUCGCCCUAUGCUGCAAUGUUUAAAAAUCCACAUGUUGUAAUUUUUAUUGAACAGUCAGAAGUUACUCAAUUAGUGCUUGGGGCAAGUUCUUCAUGUGACUGGUGAUUAUUCCCCAUAACCCACAUCAUAUAAACUCCAGUUCAGUAAGCAUUUCACAGCCAGAUUAUUACUUAUACUUGAAGGUUGCAGCUUUCAGGAACUAUUAAAUAACCUGCGACCCCUACUGACACUUUAGCACUUGUGAGUCCUGACAUUGGGUUCUUGCAGAAAGUUACCUCUUUAUUUCAAGCCCUGCAGUUUCAAAUAAAUAUGAUCAUGUUGUACCUAUCUGACAUAAUUAGAUUCCAUUAAUUCUAGAGCUUUGUUCUGUCAAUUUCUAUCUUGUGUGAUUUUUUUGUGUAGUGAAGUCUUUGUGCACUCUGUGAUAAUUGAACAUUCAACCAUGUAUAAACACUGUUUCUGUAAUACAGUAGUGUCUCAAAACUGGAACAGCAUUGCUCUUUGCACCAAGUAUCCUAAUUCAAUCCACAAGUGGACACAAGCAAUUAAUGGUCGUUUAUAAUAUGUCAGAACAAUCCCUUGCACUGUCCUGUGCUGGAGACCUGAUCUCUGGGAUUGAUGGCAUGUUCUUGCCAUUUUGGCAGUGGCAUGACUCUUUCCCUAUAUUAUUUGCCAUGUGGAUCACUCCUCUCACCAUACUAAGGUGAUUUCCCCAUCUGGAAAUCUAAAACACAGAAUCUGUGCAAACAGUGGAGGACGGAGGACAGGUAACAAAGCUGGCAUGGCUAAUCCUGUACUGUAUGGUAUUGGUGGCUUUCAUGAGACUUUAUGAUCCCAGCUUAUGUUUGACAGUCUAACACAAUGACUAGCUGUUGUGCUUAUUUAUUUAUGAUUUCCCAUGUGCAAGUCUUACCUUAAAACGUCUGCUGUUUUCUUGGUAAUUCCUGAACCAAUUGGACCAAUUCCCUUUUUAAGAACUGCACAGUUUUGCCAUUUGAUUUUUGAAAUGUCUCUGAUCUUUUUCAUGAGAUGCAGAAAAUAAACACAUUCCUUAUCUACUA